GUUCGUCGAGUUGUGCAAAACAACGUCGUUGCCGUUUCAUGGUUUCUAUUCGAAUCAAUUUUUGUUGAAAAGCAUCUGGAACGUAAUUAGUCUUGCUCAGUGUUAUACAAACCGUGCUAUCGUGUGGAUUACUAUUUAUACGCCCAGUGUCCAGUGUCUAGUGACAAGUGACUAUACAAUAUUUAAUAGAAGAAGUUUAUAGACACAAAAUAUCUAACAAUAUGUCAUAUAAAAGCAACUUUAUUGGCCUAUGUUUGGUGUCAGCUUUAAUGCUGCAAUUUGUCUGUGCGAAUAUCGAGACAAACGAUGUGAAUGACAAUAAUGAUGAAUAUUAUAUGCUGCAGGGCGUGCGUGUGUAUCCAAAUGAUCGCCAGUGUAGUUUGGUCGGAGGUCUUUGCGUACAAACCAGUGAUUGCACAGAGCCCACAAGCAACAAGAAUCUCUGUCCCAGCAGCACACAUCUGGGUGUGGAAUGCUGCUAUGAGUUAAAACCUAAAUAUGUAGCGCAAUCCCAAACCUAAUCCUAAUAUCGCGAACACUUUUGAAAUUGAUUCCUAUAUUAAUAAUGAAUGAUUGGUAUUAUUAUUAUUGUGCUCAUCUAUUGUUUUCGUUUUUGAUUUUGUUUUCAUCCAACUAACAACGUCUUCAACUCCGUCUUCGUCUCACACACACGCACACGCACACUCACACACACUCCCUCUCUCUGUCUACCCCAAUCUCCGUCUCUCUCCCGCGCUCCGUCUGACACCUGUAAUGCGUUGCGGUUCCAGUGCCGGUGAGACCAGCGCCUUGUUCCCAACACAUGGGAGCCUGCAUGGAUCGAUGCCACCAGAGGCUGAUUAGACCUGGUACCGACUGCGAGAAUGGACAAGUCUGCUGUGUUUUGAUCUAGACUACGUACAUAUAUGUAAAAUACUCUAAUAAAUCUUUUUUUAUACACUAUAAUAUAUUACGAAAUCGAUAAAAGAUGAAAAAAAGAAAGAAAGAAACCAAAAACACAACAAUCAAAUAACAAAUAACCAAUGAGAACAUAUGUCAACUGUAGACAAUACACACACGCUCAUUUUAAUAUUUAUUUAACUUUAUAGUACUUUUACUUAUAUAUUGUACAAGUAAUUUUUGUAUGAAAUAUUUCGACUGCUGUAAUAAAACGCUCUGUAAAUAUUUUGAA